GGAGAUUGAUAAAUCCUGAAUUAAAUUGCCAUUUCUGGUUGUGUUUCUGAUCUGCAGUCUGAUUUUGGGCAAGGACGAUCUGGCACAUUGCUGAAACAUAAAACAUGUGUCAAACACAGUUUGUCUCCUAUUCCAACAUGUGUGAUCAACUGUCAGAGUUGAAUGCACUGAAAGAAAAAAAAACUGGCAGCUUUGGAAACCAGGCUGAAGGACAGUGAAAACCAGAUUGUGGAACUGAGGAACAAAGAGAACAAAUGUGAUAUUCAGUGCAGCGGCAGGAGCAAGAGGAGAAAUUGGACCUUAAAACACAGAGACAGCUCUCACCUAAAAAAAGUGAUUACAAAUAUUGGAAAUGCCCACAGUGAAUUCACAGGUGUUUAUUACUUUAUCUUCCAUCAUUCUGGAGGAGACUCUGAGACAGAGCUGUUUCUCUACAACAGUCAGCGUGUGGUCAUGACACAGGAUCACACAGCAGUCCGUGAAACGGCUCAUAAUGGAGGAAACCCAGUGUUUCUGUGAGAUCAGUGAAAGGUUGAGUUUACAUUUCUCUAGGAUAUCAAAGGUUAACUGACUGACAGUAAAUGUACUUAAUACCAUUUCCUCACUGCAAGUGCACUGAAACAGUAAACAAGAUAAUAAAGCCAAAGUCAAAUGGGACGUUAAAAAUUAACAGGUCAUCAUUAAACAAAAUAAAAACAGCCAGAGGGAUCACAUCAGUCAAAAUUUAUGUGGCUGAGAGACACUGAAGCAACUUGGAAGAUGAAUUUUACCAUUUUAUGGUUUGUUUUGCUGUUCUGUGGCUUGAUUUUGGCCCAGGAUGAAGGUACUGCUAUUGAAACACAGUCAUGCUUUCCUGACAUGUGUAAUCUCCUGAAAGAGUUUGGUGCCAUGAGAGAAAAACUGGGAGCUAUGGAAACCAGGCUGAAGGACAGUGAAACCAGGCUGAAGGACAGUGAAACCAGGUUGAAGGACAGUGAAAACCAGAUUCUUGAACUGAAGAACAAAGAGUUUGGUGCCAUGAGAGAAAAACUGGGAGCUAUGGAAACCAGGCUGAAGGACAGUGAAACCAGGCUGAAGGACAGUGAAACCAGGCUGAAGGACAGUGAAACCAGGUUGAAGGACAGUGAAACCAGGCUGAAGGACAGUGAAACCAGGCUGAACGACAGUGAAAACAAGAUUGUGGAACUAAGUAACAAAGAAAGAACCAAGGUGAUAUUCAGUGCAUCAGCAGGAGGGAGUGGAAGAAUUGGACCCUUCAACACAGACACAACUUUAAUCUACAGAGCAAUGAAAACAAACAUUGGUAAUGCCUACAAUCAAUUCACAGGUAUCUUCACUGCCCCUGUUGCAGGUGUUUAUUACUUUACCAUCUUCUAUCAUGCUGGAGGAGAACACGAAGUAAAGCUGUUACUGUACAAGAACAACGAGGUGGUGGUCAUGACCCGUGAUCACCAGUCAGACAGUGACACAGCUGAUAAUGGAGGAAACGCAGUGUUCCUGCAGCUGCAGCAAGGAGACCAAGUUUAUGUGCAGAUGCAUGCAAAGUCCCAUGUUUGGGGAUUCAACCACCUGACGACUUUUAGUGGUUUUCUGGUCACUCAAAUGUGAGAAAUGAUCCACUGUAAAUCUAUUCAUUCCUGCUUGAAGAUGGAUGUAAAAAUCUUAGAUCACUACAUAAAUACAUCUAUUACAUAGAGUAUAUUCAAUUUUUAAAUCUGAUUGAACAGAUGGCUUUUGCUCAUUAAAUAAAUAGUCUGAAAAUGA